AUGAUGGUAUUGAUGAAACAAAAAGAUGAAUUGAUGAUGAAGAUGAAAAUGGAAAAUGAGAAGAAGAGAGAAUUAUCACCAACGCCGAGUGUGCGAAUGAUAAAUUUAUGGUGGUGUUUUGUUGAAAAUUGAAGAAUGGCGAAAUGCAUUGGCGGAGGCGCAAGUUGAUAUGGCGGAUGGGUUCGAUAUAGCCAAAGGUGCUGCGAUGGAAGAAGAUUGGUCGGAAAAUGCAGAUGCGAUUUUCACACCGUUGGUGAAAAAAGUUAAUGCAUUGGCGGAAGUAUUUCGUGCAGUGUUGGUGGACUGGGAAUUGAGUGCGCAACCGAAUGAAGAAGAUGCCAGAAUUGUGCGAUAUUUGAAGCGAUGUGGUGCAACCGAUGUUGAAAAAGUUGCAGCAGCAUUUGAGAAAGUUGCGGAAAGUGGUAAUUGGAAAGAUAAAUAUGAGAAAAUCAAAGAAAAAUUAUUGUUGCAGAUGAAAUCGUUGAAAGUUGA